AUUGCCGGAAGUUGCCGCGGCGCGAAUCCCAAUGCUAUGCUAGUAUGCUAGCCCCACGGAGACAAAACACGGUGUCCGGGCCUCGCGAAUCCGUUUAAAUGCUCCGUUUACCGAGCAGCUAGCCUCGUCUUUUUUUUUUGUAAGCCCAGUGAAGGAAGUUAUUCGCGCUCUCCGCUGCUCUCCCGGCGACGUCAUGGGCGGUCCUCCCAGGCUGCUGCUGGCCGGCCUCAUGGCGCUCUUUUCCGCCGCGGCGUCGGCUCAGGUGGAUGGAGCUCCGCCCUCCAAAAUAGCGGUGGUGGGGGCCGGCAUCGGGGGCAGCGCCAGCGCCCAUUUCCUGCGCCAGCACUUUGGCCCCGAGGUGCAAGUGGACGUGUACGAGAAGGGCGAGGUCGGAGGUCGCCUGGCCACGGUCACCGUCAACCACAACGACUACGAGUCGGGAGGUUCCAUCAUUCACUCGCUCAACCUCCACAUGCAGGACUUCGUCAAGCAGCUGGGCCUGAAGUACCGCCGCAGCGUGGCGGGGAAGACGGCGGUGUUCAACAGCCAGGAGGUGAUCCUGGAGGAGACCGACUGGUACCUGCUGGACCUCUCCCGCUUGUGGUGGCGCUACGGCAUCAGCUUCAUCCGCCUGCAGAUGUGGGUGGAGGAGAUCAUGGAGAAGUUCAUGAGGAUCUACAAGUACCAGGCCCACGGCUACGCCUUCAGCUCCGUGGAGGAGCUCCUGGACUCCCUGGGGGGGAGUGGCUUCAUCAACAUGACGCGCAGGCCGCUCUCCGAUUCGCUGCUGGAGCUGGGGGUGUCGCAGCGCUUCAUCGACGAGGUCAUCGCGCCCAUCAUGAGGGUCAACUAUUGCCAGAACGUCAGCAUUCCCGCCUUCGUAGGCGCCGUGUCCUUGGCGAGCGCUCAGAACAACCUGUGGGCGGUGGAGGGCGGGAACAAGCUGGUGUGUUCGGGCCUUCUGAGGAUGGCCAACGCCAACCUGCUGCCAGCGCAUGUCACGUCCGUGGAGCCGCUGCACUCUGCAGGGGACACCCUUCAGUACCGACUGAGCUCCACAGGGGCGGGGGAGACCAGGUCGGAGUUGUACGACAUCGUUGUCCUGGCGACGCCGCUCCAGGACAGCGUGGGCUCGGGGAUUUCUUUCCGAGGCUUCGCCCAACCGAUGGAGCGGCCGUCGGGCGACUAUCACAGCACGGUGGCCACCGUCGUCCACGGUUACCUCAACACUUCGCUCUUUGGCUUCCCGGACCCCCGCCUCUUCCCCUACGCCUGCGUCCUGACCACGGAGGCGUCCGGCCUGUUCUUCAACAGCGUGGCCAGCGUUUGUCCCGUCAACGUCUCGCUGGGCUUCCGGCGGAAACAAGCGCAAGAGGCCGGCGUCUACAAAGUCUUCUCCCUGCAGCCGCUGACCAAAGCUCAGCUGAAGACGCUCUUCAGGUCCUACUACUCGGUGCAGGUGACGGAGUGGCAGGCGUACCCUCGCUACGGCAGCAGCCCCGCCCUGCCCCCCGUGGAGCUGCAGCCCAACCUCUACUACCUCAACGGCAUCGAGUGGGUCGGCAGCGCCAUGGAGAUGAGCUCGGUGGCGGCCAAGAACAUCGCUCUGCUGGCGUACCACCGCUGGAACCGGCAACCGGACAUGGUGGACCAGAAGGACCUCAUGCACAGCGUCAAGACUGAACUUUGACCUCCAGCACGACACUUUAUCGCUCACUUUUCGAAACUCCAUCAAGGAGGUACAGAAGUGUUAUUCCAGUAAUCCAUUACUUGAGUGGCUUAUUGCCUCAGUAAUCUAUUACUCCAGUAGUCCAAUACUCCAGUAAUCCAUUACUUGAGUGGCUUAUUGCCUCAGUAAUCUAUUACUCCAGUAGUCCAAUACUCAAGUAAUCCAUUACUUGAGUGGUUAUUGCCCCAGUAAUCUAUUUCUAGAGUGGUUUAUUGCCCCGGUAAUCUAUUACUCCAGUAGUCCAAUACUCCAGUAAUUCAUUACUUGAGUGGUUUAUUGCCCCAGUAAUCUAUUACUCCAGUAGUCCAUUACUUGAGUGGUUUAUUGCCCCAGUAAUCUAUUUCUAGAGUGGUUUAUUGCCCCGGUAAUCCAUUACUCCAGUAGUCCAAUACUCCAGUAAUCCAUUACUUGAGUGGUUUAUUGCCCCAGUAAUCUAUUACUCUGGUAGUCCAAUGCUCCAGUAAUCCGUUACUUGAGUGGUUUAUUGCCCCAGUAAUCUAUGACUCCCGUAAUCCAGUAGUCCAAUGAUCUAGUAAUCCAUUAUUGGGGCAAUAAACCACUCAAGUAAUGGAUUACUGGAGCAUUGGACUACUGGAGUAAUCCAGUAAUCAAUUACAUGAGUGGUUUAUUGCUUCAGUAAUCUAUUACUCUAGUAAUCUGUUACUUGAGUGGUUUAUCCCCCUUUUUAAUCUAUUACUCCAGUAGUCCAAUACUCCAGUAAUCCAUUACUUGAGUGGUUUCUAGUCACAGUAAUUUAUUACUCCAGUAAUCAAAUACUCCACUGAUCCAUUACUCCACUGGUCUGGUCAAUUACUCGAGUAGUUUAUUAUUUCAAUAUUCCAUUACACGAGUGGUCCAUUACUUCAGUAGUCUAUUACUCUAGUAGUUUAUUAUUUCAACAUUCCAUUACACGAGUGGUCCAUUACUUCAGUAGUCUGUUACUCGAGUAGUUUAUUAUUUCAAUAUUCCAUUACACUAGUGGUCCAUUACUUCAGUAGUCUGUUACUCGAGUAAUUCAUUAUUUCAAUAUUCCAUUACACGAGCGGUCCAUUACUUCAGUAGUCUAUUACUUUAGUAGUUUUUCAGUAUUGCAUUACACGAGUGGUCCAUUACUUCAGUAUUUUAUUACUCUAGUAGUUUAUUAUUUCAGUAUUCCAUAACACGAGUGGUCUAUUAUUUCAGUAUUCUAUUACUCUAGUAAUUUAUUAUUUCAGUAUUCCAUUACUUCAGUAGUCUAUUACUCGAGUAGUUUAUUAUUUCAAUAUUCCAUUACACAAGUAGUCCAUUAAUUCAGUAUUCUAUUGCUCUAGUAGUUUAUUAUUUCAAUAUUCCAUUACACGAGUGGUCCAUUACUCUAGUUGUUUAUUAUUUCAGUAUUCCAUUACUUCAGUAGUCUGUUACUGCAGUGGUCUAGUAUGUCAAUAGUUCAUUACUCAAGUAAUCAGUUACUCCAAAAUUACAUUACUAUUGUAGUCCAUUACUCCAGUGCUCUGUUAGUCUAUAACUUUAGUAUUAUAUUACUCCAGUGAUCCCCUGUACCAGUACUUAAAUACUCCAGUAAUCCAUUACUACAGUAAUCAUUACUAUAGUAGUCCAUAACUCAAGUGUUCUGUUAGUCUAUAACUUUAAUAUUCUAUUACUCCAGUGAUUCACUGCACCAGUCGUUCAUUACUCCAGUAAUCCAUUACUCCAUUUAUCUAUGACUCCAGUAAUCUAUUACUAUGGUCGUCCUUUACUCUACUGCUCUGUUAGUCUAUAACUUUAGUAUUCUAUUACUCCAGCAAGUCACUGUACCAGUUGUUCAUUACUCCAGUAAUUUAUUACUUCAGUGGUCCAUUACUCCAGUAAUCCAUUACUAUUGUAGUCCAUUACUCCAGUGUUUCGUUAUUCUAUAACUUCAGUAUCCUAUUACUCCAGUUAUUCACUGUACCAGUUGUUUAAUACUCCCGUAAUCUAUUACUUCAGUGGUCCAUUACUCCAGUAAUCCAUUACUAUAGUAUUAUACUACUCCAGUGCUCUUAGUGUAUAACUGUAGUAUUCUAUUACUCCAGUGAUUUACUGUACCAGUUGUUCAUUACUCCAGUAAUCUAUCACUUCAAUGCUCCAUUACUCCAGUAAUCCAUUACAACAGUCGUCCAUUACUCCAGUGUUUUGUUAUUCUAUAAUUUUAGUAUUCUAUUACUCCAAUGAUUCACAGUACCAGUUGUUCAUUACUCCAGUAAUCCAUUACUUCAGUGGUCCAUUACUCCAUUUCCCAGUGGUUCAUUACUCCAGUAAUCUAUUACUUCAGUGGUACAUUGCUCCAGUAAUCUAUAACUAUAGUAGUCAUUAUUCCAGUGUUCUGUUAUUCUAUAACUUUAGUUAUUUAUUACUCCAGUUAUUCACUGUACCAGUCGUUUAAUACUCCAGUAAUCCAUUACUUCAGUGGUCCAUUACUCCAUUUCCCCAGUGGUUUAUUACUCCUGUAAUCCAUUACUUCGGUGGUCCAUUAUUCAUUUAUUACUCCGGUAACCCAUUACUAUAGUAGUCCAUUACUCCAGUUAUUCACUGUACCAGUCUUUUGAUACACAAGUAAUCCAUUACUUCGGUGGUACAUUUCGGCAUUACUCCAGUGGUCUAUUAGUCCAGUAAUCCAUUACUAUAGUAGUCCAUUACCCCAGUGGUCCAUUACCUAGUGGUUUAUUACUCUGGUAACCCAUUACUAUAGUAGUCCAUUACUCCAGUUAUUCACUGUACCAGUCUUUUAAUACACAAGUAAUCCAUUACUUCGGUGGUCCAUUUCGGCAUUACUCCAAUGGUCUAUUACUCCAGAAAUCCAUUACUAUAGUAGUCCAUUACCCAAGUCCAUUACGUUAGUAUUCUAUUACCCCAGAGGUCCACUCUACUAGUACUCCAUUACUCCAGUAAUCUAUUACCUCAGUAGUCCAUAACUCCAGUGUUUAAUUACUGCAGUAGGUCAUUGCUCUCUAAUCCCAUUAAUGCAGUGGUCCAUUACUUGAGUAUUCUAUUACUCUAGUAGUCCAUUACUCACAUUUUCAGAAGUGAAGACAGAGCUGAAGUCAUUUGAAGUACAAAAAACAAAACAAAAACAGUAUAUAAUAUAUUUAAAUGUAAAUUUACAGAAAUAUUCGAACAAAAAGCAUGAAUGUUCUGUAGUUUUGGCUUGAUUGCUUAAAGUUACACCUCUGUAAUAGAUUACUUUGAAAGACUGCAACACGGACUAGUAAUAGAUUACAGAUGUGCAAUGAAGGUUUUAAUUGGUUAAUUUUGUCGUCUUUUUCAGCCGCCAUGUGUUUGUUUAUGCAAAUGAGGUUUUGUAAGUGAAAAAAAAAAAAAGACAAAAUUAGUGCCGGAGGACAAUAAAACCUUGCAAAUGCUAAA